CGCGACCCAUUUAAUGUCAUUGUGGAUGAAUUCAUAAAAUUGUAUCGCAUGCCUCAACACGAGGUUAUUAGGCUGUGCAAUAUUCUGCUGGAAUUCGCCCCUCGCCGCUCCAGUCCACUGGCUACCCACAUUCAUUACCAAGUUGUUGGCGGCUCUAAUUUUUUUCGGAGGUGGAAGCUCCCAAAGAAAAGUUUAUUACCUUUUCUCUCACACAUAAAGAGAGGCUAAAAGUCAUGCGAGUCAAUGAAGAAAUUCUUGGCAUGCCCAGAGUAUUGGGCUAACGUUGAUGGAACACGUAUUAGGAUUGUUCCUCCUCCAAGGCAGCUUAACCCACAGAUGUAUUAUUGCCGUAAGGGAUUCCCUUCAAUUAAUGCACAAAUCAUUUGUGAUGCUACACUAACUAUCCGAAAUGUAUGUGCAGCUUUUCCUGGAUCCAGCAACGAUUUUUUUGUGUGGAGUGGAACAGUUGCCAAAGAUGUGAUGGUACAGGCAUACUUUGAAGACGGAUGUUGGCUUUUAGGUGAUUCGGGUUACUUUCUGGCUCCAUGGCUUCAUGUUCCGAUUCCGCAUGCUGCUCCAGGGACUCCAGAGUUUGAUUACACACAAAUACAUUGUUCAGCACGCAAUUGUGUGGAGAGGUGCAUCGGCGUGUUGAAGGCAAGAUGGAGGUGCUUGUGUUCUGACAGAGCUCUCACAUAUCGGCCAACUUUUUCUGGUCAAAUUAUUAAUGCUUGUUGUGCACUUCACAACUAUUGCCUGUUCCGUGGUCUACUAAACCCAAGGCCCUACAUACAACGUGUGCCAGUUGUGCUGCCGGAUUACAAUGAUCUACCACGAGGGCUGCUAGCUAGAGCUGCUGCUGAGCAGCGUCAUCUUAUUUACUAUGCUCAUGCCAGAAAGCAACGUUUGAGGCAGCAGCAGCUAUUGGAGUAGUAUUUUCUUGGUAUUACUCCAUUACUACUACUACUACUACUACGACUACUACUACUACUAUUGUUAUUCCGUUUAUUUUUUAAUGCUAAGGUCAGUACAUGAACAUUUGCUUCUGCUGCUGUUUGAAACAAGCUCGCAGACCACGAAUCAAAGCUUUGAAUUUGGAAAUCUUUAUAUUCAUCAGUUUGUGGAAAGCUUACCAACAAUAAUGUUAUGUCAAGAUGGGGUCCACAUUGCUCAAAAUAUUUAAAUGUUAUUAUUGCAGUCUCAUAGAAGCAGUGGAUUGUUAUUUAAAUUAUGUAGUUAUUAUGAUCUGUUAUCUGAUAUUUCUAAGGUGAUACAGCCUUGAUUUGAUGGAGCCUGGCAAUAUAUUAAGUUUCACUGAGCAACAAACCAAAGGUAUUAUUUACUAUGUUUUUAAAAGUUAAUCAUGUUAAAUUUGACUUAAAAAGACUUUGUUAGGGAUAUGUGUGUAUGUGUAAGUUCCAUCACCAAAUCCAUUUCUUAGCAACCAAACUAUUUCCUCUACAAAAUGUGAUCUAUCCGUUGGUAGUUUUGUUUCGAGAUUAAGGUCUUUCCAAGAGUGGGGAGCAAUUUUGUGAUGAUCCAAGUGUCUACAAAUAUUAAAUUACCCCCUUGCCGAACCUUCUUGAAGGCUGCUUUAAUUGAAACUUUGUUGGAAACCAAUUAAAAUACAUUCUUUGCUGCUAUGUGAGCUACACAUAAAGUAAUGAAAAAAACUGAGUUAUUUUAUUGUGUUUCUUUGUGUGACAAAACACACGAAGAGUGUCAGUUAGAAAUUUAGUCAGGAAUUUGUCUCCAAAAAUUGAAAUCGAGCUCCAGUGGUUUUGUUUAAUUGAUCCGUCAAAUCCAGCUACAUGUGCUGCAAAUGUGCCAUAUUCUUUUUGCAGGAUUUCAACAGUGUCUGUGUUAAAUUCUGUGCAAUCUUCUCAGGAAACUUUCAACCAUAAUAAUUCAUGAAACAGAGGCAUUCCCGAACAUUUUGGUUUUAUUUACACUCUUGCCAUAGUUGGCCCUCAAAAUUCACAGCAUAUCUAGUUUCCCACUGUUAGUUAAUCACUCUAAUCAAAUAAGUUAUCUGCUUGUUGUGCUAAGUUGUAGAGGGAAAAUUUGGAAGAAUGUACUUGCUGUAUAGAUUGAUGAUUAGGGUCAUCGGUUUAAAGGGCUCACUUGGUCUUAUUUUGUGCUAAAAUAUUAGUGGAUAUUAAAAGCGAUAAAAAGCCUAUAAAUGGCAUCUGAGAAAUGUUUGUCUCCUUUUGUGGCCAUACCUAUCAGUCUGAGUCAAUUUUACAAUUCGGUGUAACAGUUAAAUGUAACAGCCAACACUUUGAUAAAUUAUGUUCUGAGAACAAAUGGUAAGGGAAUGUGCUCGACAAAGGAAACAUUUGGCUUGAAUAGGAACACUUUAAUGAAAAUGAGCUUUUCUUUAAAAGCAACUCGAGCGCCAAUAUAUAAAUACUGUUCAGGAUUCUACUGAAAAAUAACUUUCCGAUGGUAUACUUGAGUGACUCCAGGGCGAGGAGUCAGUCAAGUAAACAAUUACCGAAAAGUUGUGUCUGGAAAUGAGAGUGCCGAGGAGCAUAGUGACGCAGAGCAACUUGUUGCUUAAAAUGCAAACGCAGAUGAGCAAGCUGAGUCAAGCUCAGCCAUUUCUGUGAGUAGGGCUUUCUAUGGUUACCUCUGCAAGUAGAAUUUCAAUAUGAAAUUAUGAUACUAAAAUACCCAUACAUUUUGGGAAACUUCUAGUGAAAGCAGUGAAAGCGGUCCCCAAAGUGCUGCAUCCACUUCGGACCCUAUUCACUUUAAAUUUGGAGAUGAAAUUAUUCCGUCACCAUCACUUGAUCCUUCAGUUAUAUCUCUUGAUAUUAGUUUUGAUAGCACGCCGUGGGAGCUGGUGUGAUAGGUCUAUCUGGAGUAGAGACCCACAACGAGUGAGCUACGCGAGCAAGGCGCUAGAGCCGCGCGCUGCGAGCUAUUUUGCUCGUGGCUUCUGUGCGCGUCGGCGAUGCGACGGCGAACAGGGGAACCUGCAUGCUGCAGCAAUGGGCCGGGUCUGCAAACAAAUUUGCUCGCACGAGCAGCGCGAGCAGCGCUAGGGGGCCUCCGAAAAGCAAUGCUGUCUCCGCCAAGGAGGCGUGCGGCCCUACGAACAAAAUAGCUCGCAGCACGCGGCUCCAGGGCGUUGCUCGCGUAGCUCACUCGUUGCGGGUCCCUAAUCUGGAGCCUCUGGCAGCCUGUCCGGAUGUUUGCCAUCUGCCAUUCUUUGCACCACUUCCUCCCAGUCUCUCGUCGUUAUGUCGAUCGCCUUCGAUGCCUGCUGACGCUAUUUCUUGAAGUACCUGAAAGCCACAUUAAGUUAAUUAGCAGGUCUAACCCUGUCCACUUCUCUAAAGAACUGCUCUAUUUUCUCCUCCGCAUGUCUCCUGGAUGCUCUUCUAUCUGCCAGCGUGGCCUCUUGCAGCAGCUCCUCGGCAAACGAAUCGCCAGGUUCUCUCCUCGUGAGAGUGUAGGCGUGUCGUUGCCUAUUCGCUGCCUCCCUUAUUCGCCUGGGGGUCAUAGGUGACUCUUGUACCCGGAGCUGAUCAUUCGCUGCCGUCUCCAUUGCCUCGGCCACCUGCUUCCAUGACAAGUUACCAAACCAGGCGUCAGUUGUUCUAACGCAUGCGUCAGUGUCAGUGCCUUUUAAAAAAAUAUACCCCAAAAAUGGCUUGAAUCGACCAAUAUCUCGCAAACUAAAAGAGCUACGUACGUACAAAGGGAUGAAAUUUUCCCCUUGAGAUCAUAAAAUGGCGUGUUUACUAAGGGGGCGAACUUGGUUUUCAAUUUUUAUACUUUCCGAUUUUGUUUGUAUUAUGUGAAUUUCCGAAAUUGUAAUUGUGUUGCGGGGAUAGUAAAUAUUGUCCGAUCGAGUUGCGAUUUUUUGCAUUGUGUUCUACGUCCCAAAUGUCUACUUUUCCGCACCCCGCCGAAUCCGCGCGGAAGAA